AUGAGCAGCUGCUACCCACAGGUAGCCGGUGAGCUGCACUCUGGUCCUCGUAUGGUGGAUAACACCAUUUCCGACAUUAUUGCACUUGGAGGCGGUUACCGAGAAUACAACCAAGAACUCCUUUUCUAUUUCCUGCCGGAGAUAAGGCGCAUUGCGGAAGCGGUCCUGGCCGACCCAGAAUGUGCGGAGGAAUGUGAAUUGCUGGGCAUCACAAGACAAUGUUAUCGGCAGGCAAUGGCAUCGGACGGCGCCCUAAACUGUGCUCGCUACUUCUGCCCCUUUAAUGAAUCCACUGCAGAUCGAGCUUCCGCUCAAAGUGCUGAGCGCACGGAGAUCGUGGAGCAUGGGAUAGCUCUCAACAUUGAAUCUCUUCGAGUGGGUUUGCAUUCCAUUGGGAGGCAGGAAACAGAGGGCCGACAAAGAACCCAGCAGAUGUGGAUUGGACUCUGGACGGAGAUACUGAGAAACAGCCCCGGGCCAAUCUUAUUCGAUCCGCCUGCGAGUCCGCUUUUCAGUUCGUUCGACUUUCACUUGGAUGAAAUACCCCGUUACCUGUUUCGAACUUUCGAUCCGAAGAGCUUUGGGAGGAGUAAUGAGGAGGUGAUGGCUUCCCCAGCGAGUGAAAGUCGGACAGUGAAUAGCAGGAUUGACAUACUGAGCCAGGACGGGGACUAUGCAAUGUCCGUGGUGGACCGGCAUAUGAACCCGUGGAGAGUGAAGGAUUACGCGAGUCAACAACCCGACAACCUUGUGUCUUGGACGUCGUCCUUGCUAUAUGCCAUACAGUAUGCGUUCUACCGGCGCUAUCACCACGGCUGCACCGCGAAGAAUGUCAAAAUCUGCGUGGUGGAUACUCAAGACUUCACUCGAGGGCAAUUCAUCCAUGCUAAACGACUCCUGCAGGCGUAUUAUGGUCUCGUCAAGCGGGCUGAUUUGCGGCAAUAUUUCGACCUUCGUCUUCUCGUCUACAUCUACCAAAAUGGGGAGUACCUGUCGCAGGGUCUAAUCAAUCAUAGGGGACGAUCGCGAGUGAUUUCGCUAGCCCAGUUGGAAGAGUCAGGAUUGUAUUCGCUAUAUCCAGAGUUUGCAGAUGGACAUCGACACACGAAAUGGGCCGUCACGACGGCAUACCUUCGCCAGCUAUGGACAGUUGAACAGAUAACAACCUACGAAGAGAUUAAAAGGGCGAUAAAGUUGGCUCGUAACUGCUUCGCAGGCUUUCGCGUGUUAGAUAUCGUCGUCAUCCUUCUCUGUUUCAAAGAGCGUUUCAUUGAGCGGCGCGUUACUGAUAAUGAUCUCGUUUCGGAUCUCGAGCCACUCGUGCCUGAAUGGGGACGGAAGCCACAGGAGGUUCAGCAAUACCUCAUAGCCUCCCAAGUACUACAGUCUCUACCACGGAUUGCCAUCGGCGACGCCUUAGAGGAAACGGACGAGAAGAUACUCCAGGCACUUUGUAGCUGUUUUCAGGUACGUACCACAGAGCACCUCCGGGGCACUACACUUCUUCCCGCGGAAAAAUAA